AUGUUCGCCUAUACGCUGAUUAUGCCCCUGCUCCUGGCACUAGAUGCCUUACUUACCUACACCGUUCCUAUUCCAGCGACCAUUACGUCGCUUAUGCCCCUCGAUACGAGUAUGGGCCUACCGGUCGGUCUUAUCAUCGGCCUUACUAUGAUCUGGUAUCUAGAUGAACCAGAAGAUCGCCACCCAGGCGACUAUAUCCUUGCGCUCGUUGCCAAUGCCGUCGCAGCGAUGUGGGUCAAGGGUAUCUUUGGCGGCGAGAUCUCGCAAGAGAUCUAUGGUGUUGUUCUGAUGUGCGCCUGCCGAUAUUUCAGUGACCCCAAGUACCCGGCCACCCACAUCGUUGCGGCGACUAUGAUCGCGCAAAAGAUGAUUAAAGAAGAUGGAGUUUUGCUGUCCGUCGAUGCAGUAUUGGUAUUGGCCUUCUUCUUCUUGCCCCUCGCCGAGAUGGUCGCGUGGGCCACCACGACAAUUACUCACACUUCCAUCGCAGCGCUUCGCCUGUUUCCUCGCCUUUGCCGUUAUGGCAUUGGUCUCGGCGUCCGCGUUCGCGACACUGUCAUGUCCAAAUGGCAGUGGCUCGCUCAUUGCCUGGCGCGUCCUACGAUGGUAGACGCAUGCACUCAAACAGCUCAGAGUGCAGCCACUGAGCAAUCGCAGCUGGUCGUGUCCAGCAUGUUUACGGUGGCCUGUGUCGUGCCAUCUCCGGAAAAAGAAGUUGAGCCCCCGAGAAAAACGCGCAUGAAGAAGUCUGAGUACCUACGAAAGAAGUAUUUGAUGCCGAAACGUCCUCUGGCUGGAAUUCGGGAUUCGCUGCGAGAUGAAGAACCUCCUAUUACCCGACCCAUGGAGAUGCCAGAUGUUCCUCUGCCAGCCAGCUCUUCAACUACCCACGAGUCUAAUGUUCCGGAGAUUGGUGCCGAACAUCUCGUCGAUGAGCCCAAGGCAAGAACUGACCGUCCAGAGAGCGCCCAAGACACGGAUCGUACCGUCGAGGCGGUUCCUGAGUCCCAAGAGCCCGUCACACUCUUGGAUCAGACUCUCGAGCCAUCUCUGUCUCCCGCUGAGUCCUCCGCCCUAGCCCCAGCGGUCCCGGUUCCAGCCAUGACGUUUCAAGAGUACCUGCGCACUCCAGGCUGGAGCUUUGAAGAGGCGGCCGUACUAUUCGGCCUAGUCGAUAUGGAACUCGUCGACGAAGAUAGCCCAGCCGACGAGACCCGCCCAGCCGACGAUAACAACGCGAACGACGAAGAAGACGAGAAUGACGCCGCGAACGACGACGCGAGCGAGAACGAUGAAGCCGGCGAGAAUGAGGAGGAUGCCGGGGAAGCCGACCUGUUCCCUCCUACCAACGAUGCCGCCGAAGAAGAGAGUAAGGAAGAGGAGGAGGAGCUCAGUGAAGCCAACGUUGCCGAAGAAGUAAAAUCUUCCGCGGAGGCCGAACCAUUCCCUCCUACCAAUGCCGCCGCCGCCGACAACAACACGAACGAUACCGUUGAAGUCGCACCUCUUCCCCUCCCAACAGCCGAAGACGCACAUGCUACCGUCGAGGCUUCAUCGUUUGCCGACCUAGCACGAGAAUCAAGCUUUACUUUCUCGAUGCCAACCAGCCAAUUUGCCCAAGACGCGGGUCUUACCGUCGAGGCAAUCCCGACAAGACUCGCCAUUGCCCGAGACGAAGACAAUGCCGUCGAGGCAACCCCACCGCUUGUUCCUCUACCGAUGCUCAUUGCCCAACUAGCCAGACAGACCGCUUUUCCGUUUGGAGCGACGGCUCCCACAGCUGCCGAAGACGCUGGUCGCGUUGCUGAGGCUCCUUUCUUCGCCGAAGACGCGGAUCGUACCGCCGAGGCAAGUCAGGUUGCUGAGGACGCAAUGGAUCCCGUCCAGGCAGCUCCAAUGUACCAAGAGCCCACCGCAGGAGAAGCCGGUCUCGCCGACGCAGACGAGCCGAUCACAUUGGACAAUUUGCAUCCAGAGGAACUCGACCUGGUGGGGUACGAGUUUCAGAUGCCAACGUACAGUGCCCAAGCCGAGGGCAAUGCCACCGAGAAUCCCAACCAGGCCUACGAUUCUCUGGAGCCCGCCGCCGCCCAGCCCAUCGACUUUGAGAACGUCGAUUUUUCCUUGCCCGCUGGAAACGCCGCAGGGACAGAGAUGGACCUAUCGGGGCCCGAAACGAGUGGAGCAGAGGUUCCCAGUUUGAGUGAGUUUGCCAGCGAGAUGGACAUGAUUGUCAACGAUGCUCCUCAGCUGGGACAGUUGUCCGAGGGGUUUUACUCUUCGGCGACUGCCUUUGAGCAACAGAUGGCCCAAUUCGCAAACGAGUUGGAUUACGCCGCCGCACAGGCGCAGCCUGACGCUCAAGGACCGAACUCUACGAGUGCCGCGCUACCUGGUCCCGAGCCCGAGGCACCAGCACCAGAACCAGUACAAGCCCAAGAAGACUGGGCCCCGGCACAGGCAGCAACAGAAGCACAAGUACAGGCACAGGCACAAGAGGCACAAGAAGCACAAAUCCAGGCACCAGUUCAGCAAGCCAACGACGAAAUGAACUGGUUGGCGGAGAGUGAGGCAAAUGCGCCACGCCCUUUCCAGUUCACGGGCAGUUCGGAAAGGAACUCUGAGACGCCUUCGCAAGCGCAGCCAAUCGAAGAGUUCCGGCCCGUUCUGCCCAGACUGGCGCAGUCGAUCAACACCGAGGUGAGCAUGGAGGAUGCCCCUUCGGGGGUGUCUCAACCAGCAACUCCCGCUGGGCUGUUCGUAGGAACACCCAUGGAGGUUUCGACGCCCAUGACUCCCUCCCCUCGACGAUUGCUCACUCCCGUCAGACCAUCUCACGCAACACCACUGGCCAACACCAACAACCGACAAGCCCAACUCGCGGCCCCUGUCCCGGCAACGGCCGCCGCACCUGAACCGUCAACCCCACAGGUGCGCACGCCUGCGCCGGUCCUCGACAGCGGGACCCUUCGGACGCCCACUUCGGCAGACCGCCCCGCCUUCGACAUCAUUCCCGCCAAAUGGAUCCUGGAGUCAAAGCCCAAGAGCACGUACACGAUACCUCUUGCGGGAACCAGAGGGGAAUCGAAGUUGAAGGGGAGGCCAGUGCCGACGUCCAAGGGGGGCCGCCAGCGCCAGACCGACGAGAUGAUCGCCAAGGAGAAGCAGAGACUGGCGUGGGAAGAGGCGUCUUGGAAUGACUAUCACAAGCCUCUCCACAACCCGGUGGUCGACGGUGAGCUGGACGAGCAGAAGCUCCUCGCCGUAAUGGCAAGGCUGGACCAAUUGGAUGCCGAGUACCGGGCAUCCAUGGCCAGCCUCAACGAGGAGGUGACUGCCCGGCGAACCGCAGAGACCAGGAGGUACUUUGACGAGAAGCUCCGACGCGACGCGGAGCGGUUCCAGGCGAGGCAGAAGCAGAGGCCGGCAGCCAACCCCUUCCUAGCGAAGAAGCCGGCGAAGAAGCAGCCUCCACCCGCGAAGAAGUGA